AAUCUGUCCAUGUCUGAUAACCUACAUUACUUUCUUAAUCUGGGUUUUUUAAAUACAAUAGCAAAAAAAAAAACUUUGCUGAGCUCAAUCCAGGUCCACUAUCAAUCAAACCAAAAGAAAAAGCAGGAAGUCUCAUACUAUCAAGUCACUCUUAUCCAACAGCCACUCACACAGCAGAUAAUGAGGCUGCAAGGCUUGGGUGCCAAGCGAGUAAAACACUUGUAAACAGUUGUGCUUUGUAUUUUCUCAUUAGAGAACAUCACACAUUAAUGUCUCUGGUUGUUUGGAUCUCAGACUGACCACCGGCCUGACCAAACCACACGGACCAGUAAGUUAAAGUGAUUUCAACAGAAGAGCUACAAUAAGAUGGACAACUACAACUUUGACUAUGAUUAUAACAGCAGUUGUGAUGAUCCUGGUGACUGCAUAUUUCAAUGUGACAACAAUGCUAUCCGAGCACUGCGUUCCAAUAUGGUUUAUGUGUAUUCUAUCAUCUGUGUGAUGGGCAUACUGGGCAAUGCACUGGUUAUUGUUACAUUUAUAUUUUAUAAGACGCUAAAAUCCAUGACGGACAUCUAUCUUCUAAAUGUGGCCAUAGCAGACAUAAUGUUUGUUCUUUCAAUUCCUCUUUUGGUAGUAAACGAACAGUAUGGAUGGAUUCUGGGAGAUUUAUCAUGCAAGUUACUGAAAGGCAUCUACAGCGUGAAUUUGUACAGCGGUAUGCUGCUGCUUGCUUGCAUCAGCACAGAUCGCUACAUUGCUAUUGUUCAGGCAAGAAGGUCUUUCAAACUUCGAGCAACAGCUCUGGUCUAUAGCCACGUAAUCUGCCUGGUUGUCUGGCUUGUUGCUGUUGGCAUGUCCCUUCCUACAUUCAUAUUCUAUAAAACAUUUGAAUACCAAAAUAUUACUGUCUGUGAAACUAGUUUCCCCGAUCCUCAGAGUGCUGUUCUGUUAAAAACAUUGAUGCCAAGCGCACAGCUCGGCAUUGGAUUCUUCCUUCCUUUGCUGAUUAUGAUCUUCACUUACUCAAGCAUCACUUGUACCCUCCUGCGAGCUAAAAACUUCCAGAGACACAAGGCUGUACGUGUUGUCAUGGCAGUGGUAGUGGUUUUCAUUGCGUGUCAUUUGCCUUAUAACAUCAUUCUCUUGAUGUACACUGUAAAUAAGUUCAGGACCGACCUAGAUUGCAAUGUAGAGCAAAACAAAACCAGGGCUCUUAUCUAUACAGAGUGCUUGGCUUAUUUACACUGCUGUCUAAACCCUAUUCUGUAUGCCUUCAUUGGGGUGACAUUUAGAAAUAAUUUCCUUAAGAUCUUCCAGGAUUUGGGGUGCCUGAGUAAGAAAUACAUAUCUGGUAUGAGCACUCCCAGAUUCACAACUGAGGGCUUUACCUCAAGGAAAACCAGUGAGGUGGUUGAUGCUGAUAAUGCAGUAGUGUGAUAUAUUAUUAGCAGUGGGCUGUGCUUUCUGGCAGUGAUGACCACAAAUAAUUCUCUAAAUCUAGACACAAAUCUACCCUGAAUUAGAUGUUAACACUAGAAGGACCGGAUAUAUACUCAUACCUAGAAGCCCCGUAGCAGUCUUUCUGAUGGCUGUUUUAUAUAUAUAUGAACAUGUAUUUUACAAAUCAAAACAAGAAAAUGUAAAUAAAUAAACAUCUGAACAGACAUUGGUUUACAACAUACAUAUUUAUAAAACUAAAUAACUUUUAACUUUUCAACAGCAAUCGGUUUAUUAUCAGAUGAGCAAAAGCAACUGAACAACGUAGAUAAACUUAGAAGAAAACAUUUUACAGAAGCGCACAGCACAAGAAGUUAUAAAAAAAAAGUCUAAUUUAUUUUUCUUUUUUUCAACAAAAGGGUAUUCCUUUACCUUGAGUCUAAGGCUGUUCACAAUCAACACAGAUAAUGCGCUUCUCCACGUCGCCUUUCUGCACAGCUGUCCAAAGUUUUAUUUUAUUGCAUUUGCCAACCUGGCAUUGGCGUCUCUUGCGGCUCUCAGCGGGGCUGCCAGCUUCAGCUGUGGGUACACGCUUGGCAGUCUCCCUCUGUUCCAAAUGCUUCUUGCGAAGUUGCUGUGCUAACUGUAAAAUAUAUUCUCUCCUUGGUAAAUUCUUCUCUGUGCAUUCUUUGUAAAGUACCCAGGAGUUGAUGGCUGCUAGGUCCAAUACAUUGUAAAACACCUGAACAGGCCACCGUCGGGAGCCAGCUUUCACGGAAUACUUCCGUGCCACCUGAUCCAAAACAUCCAACUCCAUAUUUUGUUCCAUUGUAAAACUCCACAGUCUCUGGUAUUUAUAUUUAUUUUCACUAGUCCCGAAGCUAAUUGCCUGACCAAAGCAGCGCAGCUGGCAAGCAGGCGCCAGCCUUCAAAAAGGCUGAUUGAAAACAAUAGACUGUCAGUCAUUCAUUCAGGCAGAGAGUAGAGACUAAUCUGAUUACAGCUAAACACAUUGCAGACUGCUAAAUAAAAAUAAUAAAGUAGACUACCGUUCUGUAUAAUCACAAUACAAUUGUUUUCUGUGUGGCCAUCAAUGUGACUGCUCCCAGGGCUUUUAGGUAUAAUGUAGUAUAUCUCCUUUAUUUCUGCACUCCCUGCGUUCCAUGCUUUGUGAGAAUAUUUAAUACAUAUGGACAGAAAGGUACACGAACGCACAGCCCCAUAUGUGUUACACGACUGGAGAAAAUUACAUUUUAAAACCAAAAACCGCCAAAAUGACUGCUGCGGGGCUUCUAGUGUUAAGGGCAGCUUUGAACUGUGUUUUUGUGUAGUUCAUAAAUUAGAUGAGAGAGAGAGAGAGAGAGAGAGAGAGAGAGAGAGAGAGAGAGAGAGAGAGAGAGAGAGAGAGAGAGAGAGAGAGAGAGAGAGAGAGAGAGAGAUGAGAGAGAGAGAGAGAGAGAGAGAGAGA